AUGUUUUAUCGAAUCAUUGUGUGGUUCAAUGUUGACUUUGAAACUGUUGACAAUAACAAAUUUAGAAACAUCGAGUUCAAAUAUGUUAAUUACACUAAAAAUGAUAGAGAAAGAUUUGGUAAUAACAUACCAUUAAAUGUAAAAUCAAUUGGUCGUAAAUGUUUCAUUAAAUGUCUUAGUUUGAGCAGUUUUACAAUACCUCCAAAUAUAAAAUCAAUUGGCUAUAAAUGUUUCUGUGAUUGUUUCAAUCUCAGCAGUGUUACUAUACCAUUGAGUGUGACAUCAAUUAAUAAUAGAUGUUUUUAUGGAUGUAUAAGUCUGAAAAGUGUUACAAUACCAUUAAAUGUAUCAUCAAUUGGUAAAGAUUGUUUUUAUGGAUGCCAUAGUUUAAGCAGUGUAACAAUACCAUUAAAUGUAUCAUCAAUUGGUAAAAAUUGUUUCUGUGGAUGCCAUAGUUUAAGCAGUGUUACAUUACCAUCUCUAGUGUCAUUAAUUGGUAAAUAUUGUUUUUUUGAAUGUGGUAGUUUGAGAAGUAUUACAAUACCAUCUACUGUGACAUUAAUUGGUAGUAUGUGUUUCUAUGGAUGCAGUAGUCUGAGCAGUGUUAAUAUACCAUCGAGUAUAAAAUCAAUUGGUGAUAAUUGUUUCUGUGAAUGUAUAAGUUUAAGCAGUGUUACAUUACCUUCUAGUGUUUCAUUGAUUGGUUAUGAUUGUUUUUGUAAAUGCAGAAGUUUGAGAAGUGUCACAAUACCAUCUAGUGUAAAAUCAAUUGGUGUUAAUUGUUUUUAUGGAUGCACUAAUUUAAGCAAUGUUAAUAUACCUCCGAGUAUAAAAUCAAUUGGUGAUAAUUGUUUCUGUGAAUGUAUAAGUUUAAGCAGUGUUACAUUACCUUCUAGUGUGAAAUCAAUUGGUGAUAAUUGUUUCCCAUCGAACACCGUGGGUUUUCGUAAAAUAUUUACAAAUACAAAAAAACCAGGGACCAACUAUUAA